AUGGCCUUCAAUUUCAACUGGUCUCCGUUAUCUACGGACGCCGGAUUUCUCCCACGAGCCCAGGAACUCCUGACCAAUGCUCUCAAUCGAGCCGACCCGAAACCGGCCAUCAUUGUCGACGAGAUCAUAGUGAAUGAGCUCAAUCUGGGCGAUGUCCCUCCGGAGUUGGAGAUCUUGGAAAUCGGCGACCUGGCCGAGGAUAGAUUUCGUGGGACUUUCAAGAUGACCUACAAAGGGAAUGCAUAUCUUACACUGAAGACAAAAGUGCAGGCGAACCCUUUGAACACAUAUCUAGGGACGCGCUCAGCCUUCGCAUCACCACAGCCGUUGGCCGCUGAUAAGGGAUUGACGAUUCCCUUGCAAAUCACCCUUUCGGAGUUUCGAUUGUCCGGAUUCAUCAUCCUCGUGUUCUCGCGACAGAAGGGGUUGACUUUGGUCUUUCGAAAUGAUCCUUUAGAGUCUCUGCGGGUCUCUUCGACUUUUGACUCCAUCCCUUUUGUUGCGAACUUCUUGCAGAAAGAAAUCGAGACUCAGUUGCGAGGGCUUCUUAUGGACGAGCUGCCUGCCAUCAUUCACCGGCUUUCGCUAAGGCUGUGGGUGCCUGAAUACAGAGCGCGCGAAGAACGCGAGCUCGGACCUGCCGAUAUGUCCAAGGACGAAGUCGUAGUCGACCCGCUGGCAAGUCCUCCUCAGGACCCUGUGGACUCGACAGGCGCGGUGUUGACUCCAGCCGAAGUGGCGUCAUUGUCUUUAGACUCGUCGAUCGAGACGCAAUCACUCUUCUCGCGGAAGAACCUACUCCGUCUUGCAACGCUGACCGACUCGCACCGCACGUUGUCGCUAUUCACUCCAUCGAUAAGAGAGGCUGUGUUUCGGGCAUGGACAGGCCCCAUGGAGCGUGGAGAAAUGACUGGCAUUCAAAGCCGAGCGGCCACACCGGCACUGUCCAGGGCACAUUCAUAUGCCGGAAGCCUUAGUACUACUACCACCUACACAUUUGACAGUUCGCCCCACUCUCGCCCUGGCUUGCCGAGCUUUCCUUCUGCUGGCAGUGGGCUAGGUAUGAACAGCACACGCCACGGCCAAGGAGGACACAGAACGCGUAGGAGGAAGAAGCGCGUUGUCGACCUACGAUCACAUCCAGAGACAGGAGUGCUAGAAAUGGUGAGUGAAGACGGCUCGACGGCCGACACAGAAAGUGUGGCGGAAAGUACUUCAACCGGGCCGACUGUGCUAUCUGCACCUGCAGCAACCAUGGCUUCAAAUCCCACUCACGGGCUGGGUCUCGUCACGCCGCCUAAGAGUCCAUUGGCGGGUCAGCGGGUUGGUAUUUCUACCGGUCGAAGGAAUAAUUCGUACGAAACACGGAGCGUCAGCGAAGGAGCUCCAGGCCCUGCCAUUCCGAGUACAGUCGAAGAGCCCACGGGUGACACUCGCAAGGCUUCUCGCGUGCCAGACCUUGAUGCAACCAUCCGUGUGCGGUCACGCAAACGGAUUCCUAUAUCUCUUGAUGAUGAUGAGACGCCAAGCGCAUCGAUGUAUCUGCCUGAUCCGAAAGAUGGUUCUGCCCCUCAACCAGCAACUGAAGCGCAUUCGAACCAGCCAGAAAGGCCUGGCUUCCAUGGCGAGGCUGGGCCUUCGCGGCCACCACUCCCCAACUUCCUUUCCUUCGUCUCAGACUCCUCCAACGCCGGUACGAUUGCGGAGCGGGCGUGGAUGAUGAAGAUGGCCAGUGAGAUGGCCAGACGGUAUGAGGAGGAACGAUUAAGGGGCGAUUUUGGGCCGAUGUCUGCUCGGGACAUGGAGCAACCUCCCCCUCCUGCCUAUGCCCGAUGA